UUAGUUGUAAUCAAAAUGAAAUUCGCUUGCGCAUCGAUUGUGCUGCUGGUCGCCGUUCUUGGCACCCAAGCCGUGGAUUGGCAGUCCGUCAGGAGUCUGAAUAUCGAUACCGAUGUGCCUAUGAUUGGUCGCCACAGUGUUCCCAAGGAACGCAUCACUGGAGGCACCCUAGCCAGCCGCAAUCAGUUCCCCUACCAAGUGGGACUCCUGCUGUACGUCGAGGGAGGCGCUGCCUGGUGCGGUGGCACCUUGAUCAGCGAUCGUUGGAUUGUGACCGCUGCUCAUUGCACGGAUAGUCUGACCAUCGGUGUGGAUGUUUAUUUGGGAGCCCAUGACCACACCAACGCCAAGGAGAAGGGCCAACAGGUCAUCUUUGUGCAAACUCGGUACGUGAUCGUGCACGAGGAUUGGAAUCCAGCGACCCUAAGCAAUGACAUUUCGCUGAUUAAGCUGCCAGUGCCAAUUGAACUGAAUGAGCACAUUCAACCUGCCAAUCUGCCCGUGAAAUCUUCCGACUUAAGCUACGAGAACUACAGCGGCAUGAGUGCCAUUGCCUCAGGCUGGGGCUUGACCAGCGAUUCUGCCACGGCUGUCACCGACAUUCUGCAGUUCAUUGAAGUGCCAAUCAUGUCCAACAGCGGCUGCAAGUUGUGGUACUUUGGCAUGAUUAGCGACAAUCACAUCUGCAUCAAGACCACCGGUGGAACGUCCAUUUGCAGCGGGGAUUCUGGUGGUCCCUUGGUGCUGGCUGAUGGCAGCAACACGCUGAUUGGUGCCACAUCCUUUGGCCUUUCUGUGGGCUGCGAGGUGGGUUGGCCGGGUGUGUUCACCCGCAUCACCUCCUUCCUGGACUGGAUCGAGGCCAGGAGUGGCGUCGUCAACUAUGGCAACAAGGAUGCGGAAUUGUCUUAA